CGCCUUGGAAAUCAGGUAUUCCACCUGGUUUCCGGAUAUGGCAUUGCUAGGACUAUAGACAGGAUACAUUACUUGCCAUACAAAGAUAGAGCACACAUCAAGAAGAACCUUACUUACCUAGAAAGUGUUUUUCCUCUUCUGAACAGAACCUACGUUCUUGCGAAGAAGGGAGUCAAGCAAAGAGAAGUUAAAUUUGUGGAAGAGAAUGACUCUUACGCUGAUCCAUCAAGGCUGAAAAAUUUGACCGAUCAGUAUUUGUUGCUGGACUUUUUUUUUGCCCAGAAUGUCAGGUAUUUUGAGGACUAUGUUGCUGAGCUGCGUGCUAUUCUGCAAUUCUCAGACGAGAUGAAAUCAAAUGGAAGCAUCAUAACACGCUCUUUGCAAAGUCAUUCUGACUCGAUGUGCAUACACGUCCGAACGACGGACUUCAUUAGACUUCAUUGGGAGACUGACGUGAACAAAACUGUCAAAGCUGUCAAUGCACUGGCCAAGAAGAUGAAUAUGUCAAACUUUUUACUUUUUGGAGAUGAUCAGCAAGUCAUGAUCAAUAUGUCACAAGUUAUUAUAAAAGAUGGU